CAAGCAAGAAGGGCCCUCUCUCGAGCGAGGGAGGCCGGCCCUGCCGUCGCAUCGGUCCAACUCCCAACCGGCGAGGCCGACGAAACCCAGCUCCCUCGACCCCAUGGCGGACGACGGCGACGCCGCCCUCUCCGACGUCGACGAGGACCCUCUCCCGCCCCCUCCCUCCACCUCCUCAUCCUCCCUCAAAGCCCCACCCCAACCCCCAUCGCAAUCGCAACCCCAAUCCCAUGCCCGGGACCUGGCCGCCGAGCUGGAGGAGGAGCGCCGCCUCCGCCGCAAGGCCGAGGAGUCCCUCGCCGACUCCGAGACCCGCCUCAGCCGCCUCAAGGCCUUCGCCCAGGACGUCCUCCGCAAGCGCGACGACCUCACCAACGAGGCCGCCGCGGCCUCCCGCGCGCACGCAGCGCUCCAGGCCGAGGCCUCCACCGCCUCCUCCAUGCUCUCCUCCGGCUUCGAGAGGAUCUCCGCCAAGGCCUCCCCCUCCGCCGCCCCGGCCCCGCUACCCACCUCCCACAAGUACUCCUCUGGCCUCCCCGCCCUCGCCUACGGUGUCCUCAAGCGCGCCAACGACAUCGUCGAUGACCUCCUCUCCCAGAUCGACGCCGCCAACCGCGACCGCGACCGGGCGCGCGAGCAGAUGGACCACCGCAACUACCAGAUCGCGAUCGAGGUCUCCGAGCUCGAGGCGUCGGUCGCGGCCAGGUCCGCCGAGUGCGAGUCCCUCUCCAGCUCCUUGUCUCAGAAGGAGGCCGAGAUCUCCGACCUGCGAGACAAGCUCGCCUUCUUGGAGGGCAAGCUGGACGCGCAGAGGCCCGUGCUUGCCGAGCAGAUCGGCUGCGCCUCCAAGGUAUACGACGAAAUACGUGAGAUAGUCAAGCUAGUGGACGCGGACGCAGCGAGUGCGCUCUCCGACUCUGUGUUCGUGUGGAAGGAGACGGAUGUGGAGGAGAGCCUCAAGGUGUCCCUCGAAGGGACGAAGAUGGCAUAUGAUCUCGCCGCCACGGCCCUGCACAAGGUUGGGGCAUGGGUUGAUAAUAGGGAAAACAAGGUGACAUCUUUAGAAGCGAGGGUGGACGAGCUAAUGCGGGAGAAAGAGCACAUUGGGGUAUUGCUCCGCAGCGCGCUGCAAUCAAACACCAGUGAGGCGCUCAAGGUUGCAGAGGAUGGAUUAAGAGAGGCUGGGAUUGAGGUAGGACUCAAAGAGCGCAGGGAGCACAGGCCAGGAAGCAUGGAGAAAGAUGAAGUCUAUACCUUGGCAGGUGCAUUGGAGAAUAGCAUGAAGGAAUCCCAGGUUAAGAUUGUUGAGCUGCAACAUCUUGUUGAAGCACUAAGGGCGGAGUCUGGUCUACUUCGAACAAGACUGGAAGGGCAAGAAAAAGAGAUCUACCAACUAAGGAAGCAAAUAAAGCAUCUUGAAGAGAAGGAAAGGGUGGCAAAUGAAAGUGUUGAGGGCCUGAUGAUGGAUGUAACAGCUGCUGAAGAGGAGAUCAAAAGAUGGAAGAUGGCAGCAGAGGAAGAGGCUGAAGCUGGUAAAGCGAUUGAACAAGAGUUCGAAACUCAGCUAUCUUCCCUUCGUAAGGAAUUAGAUGAAGCGAAACAGGCAAUGCUGGAGCUAGAGAACAAACUGAAGUUCAAGGAAGAGACGGCGGCUGCUGCAAUGGCCGCGCGUGAUGCGGCAGAGAAAUCAUUGAAACUAGCGGAUAUGAGAUCUACCAGGCUGCGGGAGAGACUGGAAGAGAUCAAUAAGCAGCUUGAAGAAUCAGACAACAGAACGGACUCGAGCAAUCGCAACGGGCAUAGGUAUAUGUGCUGGCCAUGGCAAUGGUUGGGGCUGAACUAUGUGCGAUUACCACCGACGGAGACAGAGCAAAGCUCCAACGAGAUGGAGCUAUCUGAACCUCUGAUAUAGCUGUGCCAUAUCUAUACAGAUUGAACUACACGCCAUUUAGGAUUAAAAAUAAACUAAAGUGAUAAUCUGAGAUUUCGUUUUAGUUUGAUUUUUUUUAUAAAAAAAACUGUAGAUGUUGGGAAAAAUUGUUGAUGCUUGUGCAAACUCACGAGGAUGUUAGAUGUCGCCGGUGUAAUUUGUAAAAAUCAACCACUUGGGGUUGGGGGAUAUAGUCAAGCUGUCAAGAUUUCCAUUUCUUGCCACAGGUGUUCCCUCCUGAGCUGUUU